GCCUCGACUCAGCGCCGGAGUCAAAGGAAGUGGACGGUUGCCGUAAAGCAAGAGGAAUGUGGGUCCUGCCGUAUUACAAGUGUAGCUGCCGCAAUGUUAAAGUUUGAAGUGGAGGCAUCAGCUCGGGAGCAGAAGCAGUGGGGACUACUCACGGUGACCACCAGAUGGCAGGACCACACACAUAUUGUCCAAGGUGAAUGGAGGUUGAAGCUGCUGCUCACUGCAGGAUCCGAAAUGCCAACAUCUUAGCUGUCGAGCGCUGCUGCACCGCCGAGCUGAGCAUCCAUCACAAAGCCGUUCAGUCGCUCUGCACCAUCAACAACAUGGCCAUACGCAGAAAAGACAGCUUCCUAUGGGGGAAAGGUCCACCAAAACUCCCCCUGGCAGAGAAGAGGACGAGUGAAACCAUCCAGAUUCACAAGUUUGAGCUGCUGGAGGACAUUCAGAAGCUGAGGCUGGAGAUGAAUCGCGACGCGCCAGAAAUCCACAGCCCUGAGCUGAGGGAGCAGAAUAAAAAUGUUGUGAGGAACAGAAGAUUCUUACGCGGGAAAAAGAAAUUCAACAUGGACCCCAAAACGGGUUUCCAUUACCUGGUUGAGAAUGACCUGCUGGAAUGGCGGGCGCAGUCAGUGGCCGAGUUUCUCUACAAGGAGGAGGGACUGAACAAGACCGCCAUCGGAAAUGUUCUGGGAGAGAGGGAGGAAAUGCAUCUGGAGAUACUAAAAGCCUUUGCGGGCUUACAUGAAUUCUCAGACCUGAAUCUGGUGCAGGCACUAAGGCAGUUUCUGUGGAGCUUUCGUCUCCCAGGAGAAGCUCAGAAGAUUGACAGGAUGAUGGAGGCGUUUGCGACUCGUUACUGUGACUGCAACCCAGGGGUCUUCCAGUCCACAGAUACCUGCUACAUCUUGUCUUUCGCCAUCAUCAUGCUCAACACAAGUCUCCACAACCCCAACGUGAAAGACAAACCCAGUCUACAUCGAUUUUUUUCCAUGAACAGAGGCAUCAACAACGGGGAAGACCUGCCCACCGAGCUGCUCACGAAACUGUAUGCGAGCAUCCGCAGCGAGCCGUUUAAAAUCCCACAGGACGACGGGAACGACCUCACGCUGACAUUUUUUAAUCCAGACAGAGAAGGCUGGCUCCUUAAAAUGGGUGGCCGUGUUAAAACCUGGAAGAGGAGGUGGUUUAUAUUGACAGACAGCUGCCUGUACUACUUUGAAUACACCACAGAUAAAGAUCCGAUCGGGAUCAUUCCUCUGGAGAACCUGUGUGUCAGGGAGCUACGAGACACAAGCAAACCGUACUGUCUGGAGUUAUAUAACCCCAGAGGACAAAAGAUCAAGGCCUGCAAGAUGGAGAACAAAGGCGGCGUGGUGCAGGGUAAACACCAGUCCUAUAAGCUCAGCGCCGCCAGCGCGGAAGAACGGGACGCCUGGGUAGAAGCGAUCAGGGUGAGCAUCACCAAGGACCCUUUUUAUGACUUGGUGUCUCUACGCAAGAGGAAAGUCAUUAGCAACACUUCCUCAUAGGACAGAAACGCCCGCGAGAAUAACAUCUGAGUUCGGUUCCUGGACGUGUCCCUAUGAAUGACUCAUUCUGUGCUUUUAAGACGGAGACCCUUCAGGAAAAGGAGAACUUGAAUCUCACAGCAUUUCACAGGGCAGUGGCACGUUUGGGACUUACUUCUGCAAACUGCAUGCACCACCGCUUCGACAUCGGGGGGUGACAACUCCUACUGACGCACAUCUGCUGCAGAGGCAGAGCCUGAGGGGUGGCGAGGGGCGGCAGAGGCCCCGCGGUGCCCCCCCCCCAGAGUCAGAAGGUGAUAGGGCGGAAAGUCUGUACGAAGCCACCGUUGCCAUUUAUCGCUCGAAAGUCAAAUGACCACGAAGAGACGCAAAUCAAGUCAAAAUAAGCAAAAAACGACACCAAAGACACACAAAACGACAAGGAACCACAAAUAAACUCAACAUGAGGAACAAAAAGAUGCAAAACAGACGCAGAACGACACAAAAUGACCAGAGAGACACAAAAUGCUGUCUUGCUGUAGGAGGGGUCGGGGGGGCUUCUCCAUGUCUGUAUCCCCAGAACCGAUGUCUCAUAAUCUGUCCAUGGUGGUUUUUGAAAUUACAAACAGCAGCUAACUACUGAUAUUAUUGAAUUUAAGAAUAAGAUGAAUUCACGUCUCUAAACCUGAUCCCCAGAGUUCAGGUCUUGCUGAACCAGCUGGAUCAGUAGCAGAAGAGUAUGUAGCACUUUGUUAAACCAGCUCCGGCUGUUUUUAUUUGAGACUUUUAGAGAAAAUAGAAAGCUUAGGGUUUUACACUAUUCUCACUUGAACUUUAGAUAAAAUGUAACUUUUCUUUCUUUCCUGUAAACGUCAAUUCAAUUUACAGAAUAGAGCUUUAUAACUGUUAAACUGAUGUAAAUAGUGAAAAAGCAGAAAAAGAUCUCUUCAGUUCUUGAGUUAACUAAUGAAAAAGUAGAAAUUUCACACUAUAUUUUACUUGGAUGUAUUUUUUGAACACGUAUUUUGUAAUUCCGGUGUUUUCGUACUUGUGUGUAUAAUCGAAUGACUCCCUGCUCAGGGGGACUCGAACCAUCGGCUGUACAAUAAAGCGGUUUAUUCUGAA